GUAGGCACUAGCAAGCGCGUCCCGGUCUACUCGCUGUGUUGUAGAAGCCCCACAGCUGUGCAAUCUGACCGACCGUCGGCAAGUUGUCCGUGGCGGCGAGCGAUGCCCAUUGAGUUUCGCGUUUGCGUACCUACAUUAGUCUGGGACAUACAGCACCAGGCAAAAACCCGUUCAACGUACUCCAAGAACAGCCCUCACCGCAACCCAAAUCCUCAGCGAUGUAUAGCCCCGUCAUUUCCGCCAUCUUCGCGCUCUCCGCCAGCUCGUUCGCGCUCGCACAGAUCCCCGAACCGGCCGUCAACGUUUCCUUCAGCACCAAAUACGACAAUCAGUCCACGCCCGUCAGCACGCUUGUCUGUGCGUCGUCGCUCGGCCACUUCACCGUAUACAGCGCCCUCCCGGAGUUCCCCUACAUCGCAGGAUCCGUGAACGUCACCGACGGCAGCUCCAGUGACUGCGGACAGUGCUACACCCUGGAGUACGCUGGAAACUUUGCGCAGAUCCAGGUCGUGGACUCUGCGACCGAGGGACUUAUCCUGUCCCACGAGGCGUAUGAGUACCUGACGAUGAACUAUACCUCGGACCCGAGCGUCACGGCCUACAUCCUGGAUGGCCCAUACGCGUGCAAGUCGCCUUAAAUGUCCCUUCACUGGUCGUCUGGCGACUUACUCCUGUUGAACGACGAGUAGAACAUGGGGAUCAGAGGGCCUGAACUAUCAAUGACGAGCUGAUAUUACUUAUAUUCCGAU